AUGUGCUUUUGGAGCGAGAAUGCUUUCUUCAACUGUGACGGUAGCGUUUCGCGAAUGAAAUAUCUUUGCACUCCUGCAGCCGAAAAACACAGAUCAGGAGCAGACAUCUGCAAGAACUAUGAGAACAACCUAGGUUGCAAACACUCCGAGACAGAUAGAGCUAUACCGCACCAAGCACCGUAUCGACAUGUCUGUGACAAAGGCGGCUACAAUCCUCCUGCCAGAUCCGGUAUCCGACAUAUCUGGAAACCUAGCAUCAAUACAACCAAGGACAUGUUCAUAAAUGCCAAGUCUGGAGAUGGGAGUGAGUUGAAGAACGGUGUGCAGUUCCAGUGGUGUGAUGGAAGCAUCUGCACGUUGGAGGAAGUGUACAGCAAGGAUGCGCCUCUGUUCUGCUGGGGAGGGAUAGAUCUUCUAGAGUUGGAGAAGGACGAAAGGGAUGCCUUGGUGGGGAAGGGACGAUAUGAGUACUGGGUCGAAGUUUGGUCUGGAAAGAAGGAGUAG